GAAACAAUCAAGUCUGCCGUAGCGUAGGCAGUCGUAAGAACGCGCGCUCGGGCGCUUGACGUUUCUAGCUUAAUAAAUAGGCUAAUUUAUAAUCCGACGAAACUUAUACUACGUCAGUGUGCCUGUUACAUGUUUUUGGUGCAAGUGUGCGUGUAACCUUAUACUCGGAUGCGGAUCUAUUUCCUACAUGUUGUGAAAUAGUUUUCUUCUAACUGUCACAGGCUGUACCAAAUGACGUAGCCCCAAAAUGAAGGAUUUUGGUCUGAAGCUGCCAACGCGCAACGUCCUCACGGGGGCGAUUGUGAACUGGGAGGAUGACGAGAUCGGGGGCAUGGGGGACAACCCUGAGAACCUCACAUUGGCUUGGAAGGACCUCUCAGUGUAUAGGAAGAGAAAACAUCAGACCAGCAUAUGGAGAUCGCCCACGUAUGAAGAAGUGAAGGUGUUGCAUGGAGUGAGCGGUAUUGUGUCGUCCGGCAACUUGGUAGCUCUCAUGGGUUCAAGGUAA